AUGGCUAGACUUGAAAAGAAAAAAGUUUCUUUUCAUACUUUUAUACUAAAACUGUUUUCAGACACUUUAGAAGUGAGUGAAAAUAAAAAAAACAUGGUUUUCCGCAAGUUGUACGUCGGUUUAUGGUCAAUAGAAUCACGUUACAAGACAUUCCUCUCUCGUCAGAAGCAGAAAACUAACACAGCCAUGAGUUCGGGGAGUCAUCAACUAUCGGCAACAGCGUUGCUCGGAAGCCCAGAUGAUUGUGGAUACGUUUAUCAAUUUGCUGAAGAGGAUUAUCAAAGUGAAUAUCAAAAUGGGAGUACUGAUAGCCAGUACAAAAAUAGCAGAACUGGCGCUGGAAUAUGGGAGUGUCUUAUCGGUUGUAGGCAUCGAUUUGAUCAACAAAUAGCAAGGAGACGUGUAGAGCAAGGAUUAAAAUUAUACCGAGCACACAAACAGCAAGCGGCGGUGCGGAAAUGGCGAGGAGCAUUAAAAAAUAUCCGCCAACGAGAAGACAAAUUUACUCUACUAGGAUAUCUUUACCAAGCGUAUAUGGACUGGGGAAAAUACAGGCAUGUUUAUAUUUAUUACUAUGCUAAGGACAGCAUAGACUUUGCGCUCCGGCAGUUGAGUAUCUCUGACGAGCAGGACUCGCCUAACAUGCGGGCUGAAGCUUAUUUAAAUUUAGCCCGGGCACAUGAGAGACUUGGGCUUCUUGACAAGGCUUUAGGAUAUGCUCGACACAGUCUCUACAAUGAGUGUGACCAAUGUGCGACAGCUGGACUAGUUCAUUUAACUGUAGGCAGAGUACAUUUGGAACUAGCUGGAUUCUGCAAAGCGCUGGAAGCUUUUCAGAGGGCUCACAAAAUUGCUCAUUCCAUUCAAGAUCCUUCUUUAGAACUUCAGGUCUACGUGGGACUGUCUGAAUUAUUCUGCCGCCUUCAGGACGCUGAAAAAAGUGCUAGAUACGCUGCAAGAGCGUAUGAUCUCUCAAGAAGCUUACAGCUCGCUGAUUUAAAUUCUAGACACCAUCGUGCAGCUUUGUUGCAAAUGGCAACGGCGUUGAGGAAAAAAGGCGAGCUUGGUGACGCUCACGAUUACUGUUCGGAAGCAACUCGAUUGUCUUUAGUAUCUGGGGAUCAAGCCAGUUAUGCACGAAGUAUACGAAUAAUGGGAGAUAUCUACCGUAAAAAAUCGGAAAUAAGUAAAGCCUUUCGACAGUACGAGAGUGCUAUGGGAUCGGCAGCAGCGACUGGAGAUCGAUUGUGUCAAAUGGAAGCUAUGGAUGGUGCUGCCAGGUGUCUAGAAGCUUUACGACUUCAGCACAAAAUCUGUAAUUGCCGACCGUUAGAAUUUAACACAAGGUUACUUGAAGUUGCAAGCUCUGUUGGUGCCAAGUUACUUGUGAGAACGGUGCGAUGCAGGCUAUCGCGAAUCUACGGUUCUCUAGGCGAUGAAGAGCAGAAAAAUCAUCAUGAAAGACUGGCUGCUGCUACUGAAGAGGACUUGGAGCUGAGAUGUGGUGGAUGCAAUGAGUCUUUUGGCUUAGAAGCUGACACUCUUGAAGCAUUGCCGUGUUCACACAUUCUCCAUGCUCGAUGUGCGUACGACAUACUGAAGAGACGUGACAAAAAGAAAAAACGUCUUUGUCCCGAUUGUCAUAAAUCCGUAAGCUCACGUUUAUAUUUACAUUGCGAUGAUUCUCAUGAUUUGAAUCAGAGUUCAUUGAGCUUGGCGUCAUUAAAAGCUAGCAGUCUAGCAACUUUGAAUGACUGCCACGCUACAAGUAGUGUUUAA